AUGAUUAGGUACGAGGAUGUAGUACACUUCCUAAGCGUGGAGGAUGUUUUCGAAAACGACAAACCAGGCUUACAGAUAUUUUGCCAUAACGCGAAUACGAAAUAUUUGAUAAAUCUGUGGAGGAGUUUAACAAUGCACUUGAGCACGAAUCUAGAUAAUUACGAUCUUUACGAUGGUACAAGUCCGGCACAGGUGAUAGAGAAGCACGAGGACAAUCAGCGAUCUUGGCGGUUUAAUCUGUUUGGCACGAAGAGAAGUAAUAAAUUUAAAAUAAAUCCGUUCGAGGAUGUAUGUAUCGGCGUAUACGUGCAACCUUCGAAUUCGCACAAGUAUAUGAUAAGCUUGACGCAAACACGUGUCGAUAGCUCGAAAUUAUCGUUGAUGGUGCUGGGCGCCAUAACGUUCUGGGUUGCACGAAAAUUAAGCGGAAACCCUUUAUUUUACUACUUGUGCGGCGUCGUGCUUGGAAUUACAACGUCAAUUAUAAUAUUAGUCUAUGUCAUUAGCAAACUAUUGCCAAAGGGCAAAAUGAUGUACGUGAUGGUUGCCACUGGCUGGACUAUGAGCUUGUACUUAAUUCAGGCGUUAUGGGAUAACGGGCAAUUGAUUAUGGUACAGUACCGAGAGUGGCUGACUUGGAAGAAUAUGUUUCCUGAAAGGAAAAAAUUAUUAACGGAAGAUCAGUACCGCAAAGAAGGUGCGAGAGAAACGAACAAAGCGUUGAUCGAGCUCAAAGAAUACUGCUCUAGUCCAGAAUGUAACACUUGGAAGACCGUUCUAAGGUUGAAGGAUCCCGUAAGGUUCGCCAAGUUUAUGGAAGGUGAAUCGCAUUUGUCGGAAGACGAAGUACAAGAGCACGACACCGAGAUCACGAGGAUCGUAGAGGAAUACGAAUACACGGACGACGAGGAGGAUUUUUGA